CUGGAUCUGUAUUAGCGGGCUGGCAAUAAUCCAAUCGCAUGGCGCGUGUUAUCCCCGAUCAGCCACGGACUCCGGUCGCCGCCUGCAUGAGCUGAUGGACAUUCCGAGCUGCGAUGACAAACAAGAUUUGACAGCUCAUUGUGGGUGUUCACUCUUCUCCGACCAUCUAUCUAGCCCAAGGACCAGUUACUAUGAGACUAUGAGACUAUGAGAGGAAGAAUUCAGCCGCAAAACUUGCCCGACGCGGUUAGUCGCUCGUCAGUUGCUUAGACUUAGUCUCGAUCGCUCGGUCGCUGGCAUCUCAAUUUCCCCAGCUCUCGCCAAUGAUGACGCUACCGACUUUUUCCCUGGGUCGAUCUGUGCGACAUCCAUCGUCAGCAAGCAUAAUAGCUUCCACUCGCCACCCAAUCCCCGGCGUUGCAACUUGUAGAACAAAGCAUACUAAGGCCGAGGCGCGGGCAUGCAGUUAUCUCCGGGCUUAUCGACGACGUCAUGAGCAGAUAUAUAGUUGCAAGAACGACCCCAACUUCAAUCGCGUACAAUCAUCCUGUUCAUCUAGUUCAUUCCGGUCCAUUCAAUUCCACCCAAGCCUCCCAAGUACCACGACCCAUCUUGGAAAAUGCCCCGCCUCUCCGGAAAAGUCGCCCUAGUAACCGGCGCCUCGCGCGGAAUCGGCCGCGCCACAGCCCUCGCACUCGCAAAGGACGGCGCAAGCGUGGUGGUCAACUACAUCUCCUCCUCAAAGGCAGCCGAAGAAGUCGUUUCUGAAAUCGGUUCGGACCGGGCAAUCGCAAUCCAAGCCGACGUGUCGAAGCGCGACGAGAUCGCGCGCCUCAUCAAAGAAACCGUUGACCGGUUCGGGAAAAUCGACAUUCUCGUGCUGAAUGCCGGUCUCCUCUGGCAAAAGGGCGAUCUGGCGAGUAUCAGCGAGGAAGACUUUGACACGCUUUUCGCGGCAAAUGUCAAGGGACCCCUCCUCACCGUCCAGGCGGCUGCGCCGCAUAUCCCCGAUGGAGGGCGCGUGAUGCUCUUCUCGACCUCGCUCGCGGCAUUCAGCAUGGUGACGCCGAAUUACCUCCUCUACACGGCGUCCAAGGGAGCGGUUGAGCAGAUGACCCGCGUGCUAGCGAAAGACCUUGGACGGAGGGGAGUCACGGUGAAUACGAUUGCGCCCGGACCGAUUGGGACGGACGCGUAUUAUGUUGGCAAGACGGAGCAGAUGGUGCAGAUGCAGAGUAACAUUGCGCCGGCAGGGAGAUUGGGGAAGCCCGAGGAGGUUGCGAAUGUGGUGACGUUCCUAGCGGGCGAGGAGAGUUCGUGGGUUAAUGGGCAGACGGUCAGGAUCAAUGGGGGCAUGACGGUUGGUUGAUAUCACAUCUUCUCAAGGAAAGGAUAGCUCUGUUUCUUAUGGAUCUACACCGUAUAAUUGCUUAUGACAUGUCAUGGCCUCUGAAAACAUUACUCCUCGCCAAUCUUCCUCCACCGCAAAUUCACCUUCUCCGGAUCCCUCACCUGAAGCGAAACCUGAGCAACCAUCAAGCUCCGUGCGCACUGGAUUCUCAUUGGCUCCCAGAGCUACCUUGCGUUGUGGAAAAUUAGAGCCAAACUAGUAGGCGAAGUUGUCAGUUACUCUUGUUAUAAUAUUCUAGCCAGCUACAGUACUUUCGCAAAAAUAGAGAGCUGGACCCAGACGGUCAGGGGAUCGCUGCCAAGCUGCUCCGUGGUGAAGCCUUGGGUAUCCGAGACUCCACCCGGCAAGGUCACCGGAAUCUCUGCGCCGCACUGGUUGUCCUUUGC